UCGGCGGAAUGGUAACGGCAGUUGAAUCAAACCGUAAACUGGCACAAACUCCGAAGAAACAUAUGACAGAUAUUACCAUCGAUCCAAAAGCAACUGCGACAUUCGGCGGAAUGGUAACGGCAGUUGAAUCAAACCGUAAACUGGCACAGACUCCGAAGAAACAUGUGACAGAUAGUACCAUCGAUCCAAAAGCAACUGCGACAUUCGGCAGAAUGGUAACGGCAGUUGAAUCAAACCGUAAACUGGCACAGACUCCGAAGAAACAUGUGACAGAUAUUACCAUCGAUCCAAAAGCAACUGCGACAUUCGGCGGAAUGGUAACGGCAGUUGAAUCAAACCGUAAACUGGCACAGACUCCGAAGAAACAUGUGACAGAUAGUACCAUCGAUCCAAAAGCAACUGCGACAUGUGGCAGAAUGGUAACGGCAGUUGAAUCAAAACGUAAACUGGCACAGACUCCGAAGAAACAUAUGACAGAUAUUACCAUCGAUCCAAAAGCAACUGCGACAUGUGGCAGAAUGGUAACGGCAGUGGCAUCAAAACGUAAACUGGCACAGACUCCGAAGAAACAUAUGACAGAUAUCCCCAUCGAUCCAAAAGCACCUGCGACAUGUGGCAGAAUGGUAACGGCAGAUGCAUCUAAACGUAAACUGGCAAAGACUCCGAAGAAACAUAUGACAGAUAUCACCAUCGAUCCAAAAGCAACUGCGACAUGUGGCAGAAUGGUAACGGCAGUGGCAUCAAAACGUAAACUGGCACAGACUCCGAAGAAACAUAUGACAGAUAUCACCAUCGAUCCAAAAGCAACUGCGACAUGUGGCAGAAUGGUAACGGCAGAUGCAUCUAAACGUAAACUGGCAAAGACUCCGAAGAAACAUAUGACAGAUAUCACCAUCGAUCCAAAAGCAACUGCGACAUGUGGCAGAAUGGUAACGGCAGUGGCAUCAAAACGUAAAGGGGCACAGACUCCGAAGAAACAUAUGACAGAUAUCACCAUCGAUCCAAAAGCAACUGCGACAUGUGGCAGAAUGGUAACGGCAGUGGCAUCAAAACGUAAAGGGGCACAGACUCCGAAGAAACAUAUGACAGAUAUCACCAUCGAUCCAAAAGCAACUGCGACAUGUGGCAGAAUGGUAACGGCAGUGGCAUCAAAACGUAAACUGGCAAAGACUCCGAAGAAACAUAUGACAGAUAUUACCAUCAAUCAAAAAGCAACUGUGUCAUGUGGCAGAAUGGUAACGGCAGUUGAAUCCAAACGUAAACUGGCAAAGACUCCGAAGAAACAUAUGACAGAUAUCACCAUCGAUCCAAAAGCAACUGCGACAUGUGGCAGAAUGGUAACGGCAGUUGAAUCAAAACGUAAAGGGGCACAGACUCCGAAGAAACAUAUGACAGAUAUCACCAUCGAUCCAAAAGCAACUGCGACAUGUGGCAGAAUGGUAACGGCAGUUGAAUCAAAACGUAAAGGGGCACAGACGAAUAGAACAUAUAUGACAGAAAUUCCUAUAAAUACAAAAACAUGUGUUAGAAUGGUAACGACAGUUGAUUCAAAACCUAAACUGGCACAGAAUAAUAAAAAAGAAAUGACAGAAAUUACCAUCGAUCCAAAAGCAACUGCGAAAUGUGGCAGAAUGAUCACGAUAAUUGCAUCAAAACGCAAACUGGCACUGACGCAUAGAAAAGCAAUUGAGUUCACUACCAAAAGCGAAAUGUUUACAACAGUAACCAGCACGCUACAUAUCCCAGAACCAGCAACGAAAAUGGUAACAAUGGUAUUCACAAUUAAACGUCAAAUGUUGACAACACUCAAAGUACGAAGCAAGCUGCAGAUUCCAGAACCGGCAACGAACAAUGAGAUAGUGACAACUUCAAAGACGAAAAUGGGGCCUGCUUUAAAACAAUGGUUACAGGACUACUGUUAUGAUUACGAUGAUUAUGAUGAUGAUGAUUAUGAUGAUGAAUACUAUACAUGUACAAAUAUUUACUGCGACGAGGACUCGAGCGAUUACACCAGGGCGGGACGCAAAGCUGAUAAUAAGUCUUACAGAAAUGACCUCGCCUAUAAUUGCAAACGUUAUUCCAGGAAUGGUCGUGAUGAUUACUACAAGAAGCGGCGAAAUUACUACAGAAAUAACCGCAAGGAUGAGUACUGCUAUGACCGCGUUGUUGCCUAUGCUGAGGACACUUACGACGACGAUGAACGCCUUAUUACGACGUUGAUGAGGCAUUAGUAGCUGGCAUAAAUGACAACUGUGACAACAGUGACGAAGGGUUCUAAAGUGAAUAUGAAUCUGAGUUUUUCUGCUACAGAAAGACUAGCAGCGAUGCUGAUUAUAAUUGCCGAGAUCAAUGCUGUUACGUAAGCGAUAACUGUUGCUACGAAAGCGAUGAUAACUUUAAUGGCUUAAAUGGAGACCUUUUUGUAUUUUAAUUUUUAACCAGGUUUCCGAAGGAAAAAACUGGUUAUUAGAUUGGCGAAUGUCGACGGGUGGGCAGCGGGCGGGCGGAACAAGCUUGUCCGGGCCAUAACUUUUCCGUUCAUUGUGAGAUUUUAAAAUCAUUUGACACGUUUGUUCACCAUUAUUAGACGGUGUGUCGCGCGUCUAUAUCUCCAAGAUCAAGGUCGCACUUUGAGUUCAAAGAUCAAAAAUGGCCAUAAAUGAGGAGACAUUACUAUGUCAUUCAUUGUGAGAUUUUAACAUUAUUUGGCAUAUUUGAUCACCAUCAUUGGACGGUGUGCCAUAUGAAAGAAUUAUGUCGAUAUCUCCAAGG